UUGGAGUAUAUGCUUCUAAUUCUGUAUGAUUGACUUUGAACUUUUGACUCUCAAUCUCCCAACUCAAUCGCUCAACCUUCUUUCGUUGUUCUUACUCUCUAAUUUCAGUUAGUAGAAUUGAAAUAUGGAUGAUAUUUUAGUUGCUGUACUCUCAAUGCUGCUUAUAUUUGCUUUAAUUCCAUUAUUUAUAUGGAAACGCCGUCAAGAUUCUCGAGCUACUGAUAGAACCGAUGAUGAGCCUCAGGCUGUUCAGAGGGAGAAUGUUGUUCGGGCUACUGGGGCUCGGCGUAUGCGCCGGAGGCCUGCUGCUAGGGCUAGUACAUCUUCUGCUGCUGUAGUCGAUGAAGGAGAUGAGAGUGGUGAUGAGGAUGAAAUCGGGGUUGAGAAUGAAGCUAGAGGGUCAAGGAAAAGGGAUAAGAAACGUCAAGAACGUGAAGCGCAAAGACAGGCUGAACAAGCUUCACGCGACACAAGGUUAGCUAAGCAAGAUCGUUAUGCAGAAGCAAGAAGAAGGAAAGAUGAGGAACGUGAAGCAGAGGAACGUCGGCUGGAAGAAGAAGCCAAGGCUCGGCAAGCUAAGGAAGAAGCUGCUGCAGCCCAAGAGUUUGAAAAAUGGAAAGGGGCAUUCUCAAUUGAUGCUGAAGGUACCACUGAGAACGAGGCGCAAGAAAAUCAGGGUUUACUUUCUGACUUUGUGGAAUACAUCAAGAAGCAAAAGUGUGUGCCUUUGGAAGAUCUAGCAGCCGAGUUUAGGAUGAGGACUCAGGAAUGCAUCAACCGUAUCAAUGCGCUAGAAAAUAUGGGACGGCUUUCAGGAGUCAUGGAUGACAGAGGAAAAUACAUAUAUAUCUCACUUGACGAAAUGAAAGCUGUCGCAGAUUAUAUCAAGUGUCAAGGCAGGGUUAGCAUCUCUCAUUUGGCUAGCAAAUCUAACCAGUUCAUUGACUUGGAGCCCAAAAUCCACUACGAGGAGAUCACCAGCGUUGACGAGAUGAUAGCUGCUUGAUUACACACUUAGUUCCCGGUCAAAGCAGAAGAAAAGCAUCAGGAACCCGAAAGGAAAUAGGUGAUAAUUUGCUUCAUGUCUUUCUUCAGUUUUGCUAGUAUGUAGCGCUAUAUGAUUUGAUAAGCUUGUUCUAAUAAACGAGAACAAGUCUAUAAUCUACUCAACCCCUUAUUCUCGAUGUAACAUAGAAUUGAUAAGUUUGUUCUAAUAACGAAAUGUUUCGAUUUGGGAACACUCAUGAUUUGAUAAGUUGAUUGCAACUUGUACUGUUCUAACAAAUAGCUUCAAGUAUGACCGUUGUGGUCUAUGAUUGAG